AUGUCCCCCAUCUCCCACAACGACAUCGAAGCAGCAAACACCAAAGACCCCGAAACAACCUCCUCCCUCCUCCUCCUCCACCACCACCACCACCAACAACAACCGCUACAACAACAAUCCCCUCAACACCCACCCUCCCCACGAAUCCACUUCCUCGAAACCACCGCCCUCCUAGCAACUUACAUCCACCUCAACAUCGCCGUCGCCCUCCUCCUCUCGCUGGCCUUCAGCGCCACGCCCUGGCUGCAUCUCCUCCUCUGGUUCCCCUUCCUCAUCGGCAGCGCCAAGAUCCUCUACAGCAGCGCGUUGUGUCGGCGGCAGGCGUUUCUGUGUUUGGCGGUUUCGGCGACGGGGUUGUGGUUGGUGGUUAUGGGGUUUGUGGCGGCGCCGGGGUUGUGGAGGGGUGGGGAGGGGUGUUCGUGA